CUGCAAAUUGUCUAUCCAUCACCUCGUCCAAGCUUCUGCUCUUUCUCCCGCUUCAUCUUCUCUUUCAUUAAACAUUCAAUAUGAGAUUAUAAAAGCCUGGACCCAGGUCUUGUACCUAUUUUAUACCCAGGGACUGUCACGCGAAGAAUCACUCAUACAGCUGCCCGCCCAUGUCCAUGUUAUCAUUAUGACAUUCGGCCAGAGCCAUGGCUGUCUCCUCUUCAAUUCGAGAACCGCAGUCGCAGCUGCGCAAGGUGCCCGGCUCUCGCAACCAUGGCCGCAAGUUAUACACUACCGCCUUGAUCCUCACUUUCCUUCUCUGUAUCAGUUAUCUUCGAGGCGAUCUCAGCGAUGAUCAACAUCGCUUCUCCUCCUCCUCAUCCUCCUUAUCUCAAUCACUUGUCACUCGCGCAGAUCACAACGAUCCAGAUCUACAGUGUCGUCUGGUCAAGAAAGCAAUCGAUCAAUGCUCCUUCGUCAAAGACAAUUGCCUUGAUGAGGAGGCCGGCCUCAUAUCCUACCUCCAGUUCUUCUACUGCGCCCCUCCCGCCACCAAACCCCUGGUGAUUAUGCUCAUUGUCCUUUGGGCCUGCCUCCUCUUCACAAGCAUCGGCAUCGCUGCCUCCGACUUUCUGUGUAUCAACCUCAGCACGAUAGCAAGUAUCCUACGCAUGAGCGAGAGCUUGACCGGUGUCACUUUUCUCGCCUUUGGCAAUGGCUCACCUGAUGUCUUCUCCACUUUUGCCGCAAUGAAGUCCAACAGUGGUAGUUUGGCUGUAGGAGAGCUCAUGGGUGCCGCAGGAUUUAUCACCGCAGUGGUUGCUGGUUCCAUGGCCUUGGUCAAGCCUUUCCAGGUGGCAAGAAAAAGCUUCAUACGAGAUGUUGGUUUCUUUGCCGUUUCCGCCUCCUUCAGUUUGGUUUUUUUGGCCGACGGAAGCCUCCGCCUGUGGGAGUGUGCUGCCAUGGUAGCUUACUACUUCUUCUAUGUCAUGUUUGUCGUCGUUUGGCAUUGGCAUCUGGGACGGCGCCGAAGAAAGAGGUUGGCUGAAACUGCUGCACGGCUUCACCACCAUAUUCCUCACCACCAAGAAUUAGAUGUUCCAGAGGGCGACGAAGAAGACGAAGAAUCACGCCCGGCGAGCGAGCGGGCAAGUCUACUGCGUUCUCAGUCCGGGGGCAGCCUCUCCACCCUUCAGCCUCCUGACACACCCGCUUGGAAAGUCGAGGUUCUGGAUGACGAUGACGAAGUCCGUGAUCGCUAUUUGGCCACUCUGCGAAGUCAGAUGAGAGUGACUCGACCCACGCGCGGAGAACGACGAAACACCAUCACACCCAUUCGUCCUAGUUUGAUCGGUGCUCUGGAGUUUCGCUCCGUCAUGAGCUCUCUGGAGAAAAAGGGAACAAACAUCCCUUUGGGAUUUCGACGUUAUUCAGAUGACGCGGGCACUCCCAUCAGCCCAAUCCCCAUCAGCGCUCCACCCACGGGCGACCAUGCGCAUGCGGUGAGCCAGGACUAUCGUGACACAGCACGGUCCCUUGGUACCAGCAGCCGGAAUCGCGCUGUUUCUGCCAACGACGCUGCCGGGCUUCGCAUCGACACUACUUUCCUGUCUGAUCAUCAGUCAGAACACGCAGUUAGUACCGAGGGCUCGUUGACUCCUACCCCCGACAGAUCCUCGAGACCGAGUGGAGGAAUUCUUCGUAUGUUGAAUGAGCCUUCUGUCGAGAGACCUCCCUCUCCAAAACUUGUCAUUUCGCCCUCGGGUCACCGGAAGGGACCUGAUACAGGUGCUUCGGCGACGGAGGCGCUGAAAUCACCAAAUCUUCUGGCCCCACCUCCUACUACCUUCCACCGGCCUGACUACGCAGAAGGUCAUCGAAGUGAUAGCCUCAGCCCAGCGUUGUCUCCUCGAAGUACGCCUACGCUCCAGGUACCAUUAUUGCGGACCCCUCACCCCGAUCAUUCACGAUCACUAUUACAAGCAGAAGACUUCCCUCCGUACAUCGACUCGCCCAUGGUCGUGACUCCGACGCAUUCUCGACCACCCAGCAUUCAUUUGCCUGCUCCGAGCAUGUCUCCAGAAUCCACCCACCACUUACCCCUACUGCCAGAUGACGAGGAAGAAGGAAUGCGCACAUUUUCAUGGUGGCCGUACCACUAUCUCGUUGCACCUCAGAUCAUCCUGCAGACUCUAUUCCCCACACUCUAUGACUGGCGGCAGAGGUCUAUCACGGACAAGGUCCUUGGGGUCAUUACUGCGAUUCCCCUCUUCCUGUUGAAAAUCACUCUCCCUGUGGUGGAGCCUCGGGAAGAGGAUGAGGAGGCCGAAGUACUGAUCAUGAGCCCAGGUGCAGGGUAUCGCAGUCAAUCUCAGAGCCGACUCGCCCUGGCGCCGGACACACCGGCGAUAGCACCACGGCAGCAGGCGAACGACACGUCUGCACACCAAAAUGGGAGCAGAGUGAGUUCGGCAGAGGUUGACUUUGCCAAACGACUUGCAGAGCAGAGGUCCGAGGCGAGUGAGGGCAAGGAGUGGAACAGGUGGCUCCUGUUUGUGCAGGUCUUUACUGCUCCCUUUUUUGUCGUGUCAACGGUGUGGUUGAACCUGGAAGAUGAUGCGACGGUGCGGCUCUACAUUAGAAUGGUACUCGGGGCGUUGGUUGUCUCAUUGGUGAUGAUGCUGGGGCUGCUGGCCACGACUACGCCACGACAAGAACCCAAUUAUCGGCCAUUGUUCUGUUUUCUGGGAUUUCUGGUGGCGAUUGCAUGGAUCUCGAUGAUUGCGAACGAGGUUGUGGGCGUGCUCAAAGCAUUUGGGGUCAUCACUGGCAUGUCAGAUGCAAUCCUCGGACUGACCAUCUUCGCGAUGGGAAAUUCAGUGGGGGAUUGGGUGGCAGACGUCACGGUUGCUCGACUUGGGUAUCCGGUCAUGGCGCUUUCGGCGUGCUUCGGGGGCCCCAUGUUGAACAUCCUAUUGGGAAUCGGGCUUGGGGGCAUGUACAUGACGAUCCACAAUGCGUCGCACCAACACGCAAAACAUCCUCACAAGCCGAUCCAUUACAAGCCGUACGAGUUGGAGGUUAACACGACAUUGAUGAUCUCUGGAAUUACUCUGCUGGCGACUUUGAUCGGAUUGUUGAUUGUGGUGCCCUUGAAUGGCUGGAGGAUGGACCGAAAAAUCGGGCUCGGAUUGAUUGCAGUGUGGGUCAUUACGACAACAGUCAAUGUCAUUGUGGAGAUUGUGAGCAAGGACGAUGUCCAGGCUGUCAGUAUGGGAUCUGGAUUAUGGUAGGCCUGAUCCAGGGCCAGAGCGGCGUCGAUAAAAAUUAUCAUAUACGCCAUUUAUAACAUGAACCAUGAGAUCGUCUCGAGUUCUUGUCUGAGAUAGCAUUCAAAAAGAAGACACGAAUACUUACGCAAUCAGUGUAUCUCCACAACAUUGAUGCUGGGCCGUUUUAGGCCAAGGAAUUGGGUGAGCUGGGAAGGAGUCUCGGCAUUUUUCCACGGAGCUAGCAUCGUCGGAUCAGAGGCUCAACCAGCUCCGUUUCAGCGUUGUCUGAGCGCAUUACGGAGGCCGCAUGCCGCUGAGCAUCGGCAAUAUGGGAUUGGGAAGUCUGGGGGAUACCCGAUGGAAUCACUCGUCCGGGAUGUAUCCGAGUUUAAAAGCCAGAAUGCAAAAAAGACAUAUCGACAUAAAUGGCAUAAAACGUAUUGUGUUGUUGAUGUACAGUGGUGGGGGGGGGAGUUUUAACAAUUGAUUAUUGAGCUCCUUAAAGUUGGAUAUGUAACUUGUCUUAUUGGGUAGCAAGCUCCAAAAUGGGCUUAACGAUGCGACAUGGCGGUGGUGAGAUGC